UGGGUCCCUCCCAUCUCUUCUCUGCCUGCCACCGGUCGGGAAAUCCAGAGUCUAGGGUACGUUCUGCUGUAGGCUAACUGCGGCCGGGACUGGGGACACGGGCAGGUUCACCAUCAUGGAUCAUCUACAGGAAGCAAAUGGCAUCUUUGCCUUAAAGCUUUUGAAAACACUGAGUGAAGACAGCUCAAACAAUAUAUUUUUGUCACCCAUUAGCAUCUCCGCAGCCCUCACCAUGGUCUUCAUGGGGGCAAAAGGAAUGACUGCAAGCCAGAUGGUUCAGACACUGUCUUUGGAUAAAUGCAGCAGCAAUGGAGGUGGAGACGUCCACCAGGGCUUCCAGUCCCUUCUCACCGAAGUCAACAAGACUGGCACACAGUACCUGCUCAAAACAGCCAACAGGCUCUUCGGGGAAAAGACUUGUGAUAUCUUAGCCUCUUUUAAAGAUGCCUGCCGCAAGUUCUACGAAGCAGAAAUGGAAGAGCUGGACUUCAAGGGUGACACAGAGCAGUCGCGACAGCGCAUCAACACCUGGGUAGCCAAAAAGACAGAAGAUAAAAUCAAAGAGCUGCUGGCUCCAGGUGUAGUGGAUCCUGACACAGUGCUAGUCCUUGUGAAUGCCAUCUACUUCAAAGGAAACUGGGACAAGCAGUUUAACAAAGAGCACACCAGGGAGAAGCCUUUCAAAGUCAGCAAGACUGAGGAGAAACCUGUGCAAAUGAUGUUUAUGAAGUCUACUUUUAAGAUGACCUAUAUUGGAGAGAUAUUCACCAAGAUUCUGUUGCUUCCCUAUGCUGGCAAUGAGCUGAACAUGAUCAUCAUGCUUCCAGAUGAACACAUUGAACUGAAAACGGUGGAAAAGGAAUUAACUUAUGAGAAAUUUAUAGAGUGGACGAGGCCGGACAUGUUGGAUGAAGAGGAGGUGGAAGUAUUUCUCCCAAGGUUUAAACUGGAGGAGAAUUAUGACAUGAAGGUUGUCCUCGGCAAAUUGGGCAUGACUGAUGCCUUUAUGGAGGGCAGGGCCGACUUUUCUGGAAUAUCUUCCAAGCAAGGCUUGUUUCUGUCUAAGGUCAUCCAUAAGGCCUUUGUAGAGGUGAAUGAGGAGGGUACAGAGGCUGUAGCUGCUACAGGUAGCACCAUAACGAUGAGGUGCCUGAGGUUUACUCCCCGCUUCUUAGCUGACCAUCCCUUCCUUUUCUUCAUUCAGCAUGUUAAGACCAAGGGGAUUCUGUUCUGUGGCCGCUUCUCCUCUCCCUGAGGAAAGUGUGUGCCUGUCAGUCUUUUACCCGCUUUGCCUAUAACCCAAGUGACCUUAUGUGUAAGUGCAAUGACAGUUAUGAAAUAAAGGGCUUUAUGGCACCCCA